GCCUGAUGGGGUCCAGCUUAGGGCCCCAGAUUCCCCACUGAUGCUCUAUCCAGGAUGGGUGUCCCCAGCAUCGUGGGACCUGGAUUUGUGUGUACCGGGGUGGUUCCCAGGCCAAGAGGGUCCCUCCGGCAGUCCCUUAGUGCCCUCGUUUUGCAUGAGGACCCCCCUCGGAUGCUCUGAGCCACCCUCCUCAACCCGGAUCUAAAACCCGGGACACAGCUAUCAGGCCAGCCUCUCUCUCCACCCCACCCCCUCUUUCUGGCGUCCAUCCCCUCCCCAACACCACCUCUGCUGCUGCCUCUGGCUGUGGACCUGCACCUCUUCCCCAUCCCCGCCAGGCCCGGGGAGCGGGGUGAGCCUGGAUGAGAGCCCCCCCAAUCUGGGGCUCUCCCAGGCCAUGGCCCGUGUGCUCCCAGGGAGGAGCCCCGGACCCUGAGCAUCUGCUGGAGGCUUGGCAGAGGCCCCGCGGGGACCGUGUCUUCUGAGGACAAAAGGCGGCGGCCAGCAGGCAGACGGAGGGGGCGGUGGGGGGAGUAGGGGGACCGGCAGCCAGGCAGGCAGACGGGUAGCAGGGGCCAGCACUGGCCCCCCUCCCAGCUUGGCAGUAGCAUGAAGAUGGGGGUGGGAGUGUAUAGUGGAGGAAGCACCUGCCGGGACCCCCACCUGCCAGCUAGUUGGGCACCCCAAGGCUGUGUGCUGCCCACCUGGUGUUCCCCAACACCCCUAGCCCUACCCAGUGCACCCCUCCGGUGCCUGCUUUCCCUGAUGCCUGCGAUUUAGACCAGCCCGGCUGUAUCCACGGCAACAGAAGCAGAAGUGUCACUGGCGGCCAGAUCACUGAGGGUCCCACAAUGUGGCCGGGGCUGUGAUUUACCUGGGUGAGACAGCUUGAGUCCCCAUCGUGGAUUCUAAGACAUCCCUGCUGAGAGAGCCCAGGUAGCAGAGUUUUGCUCACUCACCACUGAAGAUGUUGCCGAUUCCCAGCUAGAGGGAGGAAGUCACUGUAGGGCUAAAGGACGGUGCAAUGUAGCAGGACAACUCAUGGAGCCCCCCGGGCCCAUCGAGUACCAGACUGGCUGACCCCGUAGGGUUGGCAGUAGCCCCUGACCCUCAGUAUGGCCAACACCACCGGAGAGCCUGAGGAGGUGAGCGGCGCUCUGUCCCCGCCGUCUGCAUCGGCUUAUGUGAAGCUGGUACUGCUGGGACUGAUUAUGUGUGUGAGCCUGGCGGGCAACGCCAUCUUGUCCCUGCUGGUGCUCAAGGAGCGUGCCCUGCACAAGGCUCCUUACUACUUCCUGCUGGACCUGUGCCUGGCCGAUGGCAUACGCUCUGCCGUCUGCUUCCCCUUUGUGCUGGCUUCUGUGCGCCACGGCUCUUCAUGGACCUUCAGUGCACUCAGCUGCAAGAUUGUGGCCUUUAUGGCCGUGCUCUUUUGCUUCCAUGCGGCCUUCAUGCUGUUCUGCAUCAGCGUCACCCGCUACAUGGCCAUCGCCCACCACCGCUUCUACGCCAAGCGCAUGACACUCUGGACAUGCGCAGCUGUCAUCUGCAUGGCCUGGACCCUGUCUGUGGCCAUGGCCUUCCCACCUGUCUUUGACGUGGGCACCUACAAGUUUAUUCGGGAGGAGGACCAGUGCAUCUUUGAGCAUCGCUACUUCAAGGCCAAUGACACGCUGGGCUUCAUGCUUAUGUUGGCUGUGCUCAUGGCAGCUACACAUGCUGUCUAUGGCAAGCUGCUCCUCUUCGAGUAUCGUCACCGCAAGAUGAAGCCAGUGCAGAUGGUGCCAGCCAUCAGCCAGAACUGGACAUUCCAUGGUCCUGGGGCCACCGGCCAGGCUGCUGCCAACUGGAUCGCUGGCUUUGGCCGUGGGCCCAUGCCGCCAACCCUGCUGGGUAUCCGGCAAAAUGGGCAUGCAGCCAGCCGGCGGCUACUAGGCAUGGACGAGGUCAAGGGUGAAAAGCAGCUGGGCCGCAUGUUCUACGCGAUCACACUGCUCUUUCUGCUCCUCUGGUCACCCUACAUCGUGGCCUGCUACUGGCGAGUGUUUGUGAAAGCCUGUGCUGUGCCCCACCGCUACCUGGCUACUGCUGUUUGGAUGAGCUUCGCCCAGGCUGCCGUCAACCCGAUUGUCUGCUUCCUGCUCAACAAGGACCUCAAGAAGUGCCUGAGGACUCACGCCCCCUGCUGGGGUACAGGAGGUGCCCCGGCUCCCAGAGAACCCUACUGUGUCAUGUGAAGCAGGCUGGUAGGCAGACAGGCAGAGAGAAGUUCAUGGCCACCGUGAUGGGGCCAAUAGCAAGGGAGGGGUAGGGGCCCAUACAGGAGUCCUCCUUUCUGAGCUCCAGCCCCAGCCCCUCGAACCACCUGUAAUCUAGGCACCUUUGCCAACACCUCCCAAGGAUGGAGGACUGGGCGAGGGACUGGGAAAGAGGCAUAUUUAGUUUUGUGGGGCCUAUCUCCGCUGCCUCCUUCUCCACUUCUACAAUCUCAUUCCCUCUCUCUCUCUCUCUCUCUCUCUGUCUCUCUCUCUCUCUCUCAGACGUGACAAUUCAGAAAAAGAAAAGAAAACUGAGAAUGCAGGUUUUUCUACUAACAGCUGAGGAGACAGGCUUUCUUACUUUAAUGUCUCUCCUUCUGACACUGUCCAGAAGGGAGAAAUUUGUCCUGUAAAAUAGACUUCCAGAGCUCUUUUGCCCCCUCUGCCACCACGCACCCUCCCCUUCCAAGUCCUUUAGCAAGGCCUGGAUGUUUAGGGAGAAAGUGGUCCAAGGCUGCUGACAAGAGGGACCAAAGGGGGUGUUGGGUUCCCAGGGAGCAGGGAUGUUUAAUUACUAUGUCAUGUGCAAUGUUGUUUUAGGCCAACCCUUGCCCCAAGCCCAGUCUCCUCUCCCUCCCCACCAUGUCCAGACCUUCCAAAUGGUUCUUGUGCAUCUGUUGGAGAAGUCAAGGGAGUAGGGAGAAGGGCCCCAAGGAUGGGCCCAGGUUAGGUGAAGAGUAGGAUGUGAGCUGAACUCCUCGAAUUGAAGAGACCUACACUUGGUCACAUUCUCUCACGCUGCCUUCAGGAUCCCCAGCCCCCAACUCUUCUUCCUGAGGAUGGAAAUCCACUCCAGCCCCACUAGGACUGAUGUGGGUGCCAUACAGACAGGAGCGGCCCACCAGGAAAGUGUAGGGAGGAAGCUGAAUAUCCCAGAGUAGCUGGACCACAAAGACUUGGGUCAGAGCCAAUUUCAACCCCAAAAUUGUCUCUUGGGUUCACCCUACUCUUCUGAAAAUGAAAAUUUGUUUGGGGCCUUGGUAACCGAUAGUGGUACAAACUCCAAGGCACUGUGGACUUGAGUCCAUUCCUAUCUGACCUCUUUUUGUCCCCCUCAAGCCUCAAGGGCCUCAAGCCCCUCCUUAGUAGCCCUUGGCCGACCGGGCCCUGAGCCCCAAACAUCCUUUUUCCCAACGACCCUCCUUCCCCUUCCUUCCCCCACCCUUACCUACACCCAAAGUGGAGCAGACUGCAGCCAGAUUCUCCAGGUGGGAGAUCCAAGCCUCCCUCCCGGGGGUGGAGUCCACUCUGGGCUUACUUUGAGGCCUGUUCUGUGGAUUGGUGAGCCAAGCUGGCACUCCUUGCCCUGGUCUUACCUAGGUUCUCUGUCCCCCUCUCACUUCCUGUGGGGCCGGAAUCUGUAUUUAUCCAUCCCCCUUUCCCUUCUUUAUAGAAGUCCCUGUCCUAAACUCCCUCCCUACCCCAAGAGAGCCCCAGAACUGGGGAAGCCUGACCCAUACAGAAUGGGGAGGGCACUCUAGGCAGGAGAGACAUUAAUGAGCCUGGCUGCGGAGUGGCCCUGGAAAGGCAGGCCAGAGUGGCUGAGAGGCCGGGAGUGGGGGAGCCUGUUCUCUCAGCGAUAGUGAUGGGGGUGCCUUUCCGAGGGGGUGGGGUGGGAAGACCAAGGGGGUGGGGGGUAGAUAGGGUACAUUCAGGAGGGUUUUCCUCCAUUUCUUUUUUCUAACUGCCUGGAUUCACCAUUGGAUUUUGUAAAUGGAAAAACUGAAAUGAACAAUGCUAUAUUGGAUGUUUUCUCUUUCUGACUGUGUGUGUGUGUGUGUGUGUGUGCAUGUGUCCUGUCUGUGUGACCACAUGUGGAGAGACAUGAUUGAGUGAUAGUGUGUGUCUGUGUGACUUUGUGUGGGGAGGCACUCCUGAGGAAAACUUGCCCGGUGCACACACGUAAGCAAAUGCCUGUAUAUGGGGACAUAUACAGCAUGUGCAUGCAUGCACACACACAAACACACACACACACACAUACCACAGUUGAGAGGAGACAAACUAGAGUAUGUGCCCAUGGUAGGAAGUAGAGUGGUCAAUAGAUGGAUCUUGGAAACUGUACAUAGGUAGGUAGCAAGAGGGUAGAUUCCCAUCUCACAAGAUGGGUCUCCCUUGGCCCAGGCCCUGAGCACUGGAGGGCUGGGGCCGCCAGAGUACUUGAGAACCUCAUCUCCUCACAAAGCCUGUAGCUCCAUCUCAACCCCGUCUCAGUCUCCUUUCCAAACUCAAACAAGGUGUUCCUAAAAUUGGACCACCAUGGAGAAUGGGGACUGGGAAUUGAGGAUCAAAUACGAGUGAAAGUGAUGGGAUUAGGAAAUGCCCCUCACAAAGUAAUGGCUUCUGGAAGGACUGCUCAGUCUGGGAUGGGAGCCCUUCCUAGGGGCCACUGUAUGCAGCUGGGACUUUGGUCAGCUUUGACCAAAUUUAGAGGGAGGGAUGUCAUGGGGAAAAAAAACCCAAGCCCAGGAGUCUACCCAGCCAGCCUGCUCCCUAGACAGUGAAUUUACUAUCUAUUUAUUCUCUCAGGUGCACAGAAUUGAGUUGACCAUACUCCUCAGUUCUUGGCACACUGUAUCAUCAUUGGUCCAUGUGAGGCCCUUUUAUUUUUUUGUCUUCAGUUUUGUCCCCUUCAUCACCCAUUCCUGAUCCCAUCCUCCCCACCCGCUACAUAGGCACCCACUCUCGUGUAUUUAACGUAUGUCCGUCCAAUCCACCGUUCAUGUGUUCAUUUACAUAUAUGUGUAUCUGUGAAAAAUGUAUGGUAUUGCUGUGUGUUUUAAUUUACAUAAACAGUAUUGUACUAUAAA